AUGACUCCAGAGGGUGCGCGCCCCCGGGCGGACCGCGCCUUCCCUACCUCCCCGAGGGCGGGUCCAACUGGCCAGGUAUCCGCGCUGGCGGCCGGCUCCGCCCCCGUCCCCAGGCCAAGAAAUCUUCACCGAACUAGCAGCGUUCCUGAGUAUGUCUACAACCUACACUUGGUGGAAAAUGAUUUUGCUGGCGGGCGUUCCCCUACUAUUAAAACCUAUGACAUGCUAAAGCCUGGCAUAACCACUGCAUAUGAAGGUCGUUGGGGGAGAGGCACGGCGCAGUACAGCUCACAGAAGUCAGUGGAGGAAAGAUCCUUGAGGCAGCCUCUGAGGAGACUUGAGAUUUCUCCAGACAGCAGCCCUGAGAGGAUUCAUUACUCACACGGCGGCGAUCAACUGUACAGCCAGAGAAGUCAGGCGGGCCACACUUUGUGGCACCAAGACAGCAGGAGAUCCACCCUCCUUACGGCUCCGAGAUAUGCUCGCUCAGAAAUUGUUGGGUUCACCUCUGGGCCCAUGAGCAGACAGCGCUACUAUGACACUUACCACAGACAGUUCCAGUAUGGGUCUGUUAGUGACAACGUUUUUCACAGUGCCCCCGUCAACCCAGUGGUGCUCACGUGCCCCAGGCCUAGGACCAGCCACAGCAUGGGCAACCUCUUGGAGAAAGAGAACUACCUGACUUCAGGGCCUGCCCCUGGGCAGGGCAGGCCGCUGGUGCCCCUGCAGCCCGUUACUCAGAACAGGGCCAUUCGGCCCUCCUGGCAUCAGAGCUCCUUCCACAGCACGCGCACAGUGAGGGAAGCCUCUGUGGACUCAGGCGGCAGGAGGACACACAUGACCGUCGGCCAAGUGGCAGCAGGAGGAAGUGGGAACAUGCUCGCGGAGAGAACCACUUUCACCGACUCCCAGCUUGGGAAUGCUGACAUGGAGAUGACUCUGGAGCGGGCAGUGAGUAUGCUUGAUGCAGACCACACGUCGCCAGCCAGGAUUUCGGCUGCCGCUACUUUCAUCCAGCACGAGUGCUUCCAGAAAUCUGAGGCGCGGAAAAGGGUGAAUCAGCUUCAUGGCAUCCCCAAGCUUCUGCAGCUUCUCAAAGUUCAGAAUGAAGAUGUUCAGAGAGCAGUGUGUGGGGCCUUGAGAAACUUGGUGUUUGAAGACAAUGACAACAAAUUGGAGGUGGCUGAACUCAACGGGGUCCCUCGGUUGCUCCAGGUGCUGAAGCAAACCAGAGACUUGGAGACUAAAAAGCAAAUAACAGGUUUGCUGUGGAAUUUGUCCUCUAAUGACAAACUCAAGAAUCUCAUGAUAACAGAAGCCUUGCUUAUCCUGACUGAGACUAUCAUCAUCCCAUAUUCGGGGUGGCCAGAGGGAGACUACCCCAAAGCAAAUGGUUUGCUCGAUUUUGAUAUAUUCUACAACGUCACAGGAUGCCUAAGAAACAUGAGUUCAGCUGGCCCUGAUGGGAGGAAAUUGAUGAGAAGGUGUGAUGGACUGAUUGACUCGCUGGUCCAUUAUGUCAGAGGAACCAUUGCAGAUUACCAGCCAGAUGACAAGGCCACAGAGAACUGUGUGUGCAUUCUUCAUAACCUCUCCUACCAGCUGGAGGCAGAGCUCCCAGAGAAAUAUUCCCAGAGUAUCUAUAUUCAAAACCGGAAUAUCCAGACAGACAACAACAAAAGUAUUGGGUGUUUUGGCAGUCGAAGCAGGAAAGUAAAAGAGCAAUACCAGGACAUGCCUAUGCCAGAGGAAAAAAGCAACCCCAAGGGCGUGGAGUGGCUGUGGCACUCCAUCGUGAUACGGAUGUAUUUGUCCUUGAUCGCCAAGAGUGUCCGAAACUACACCCAGGAAGCAUCUUUAGGAGCGCUCCAGAAUCUCACGGCAGGAAGUGGACCAAUGCCAAUGUCAGUAGCCCAGACAGUUGUCCAGAAGGAAAACGGCCUUCAGCACACCCGGAAGAUGCUGCACGUUGGGGACCCAAGUGUGAAAAAGACAGCCGUCUCCCUGCUGAGGAAUUUGUCUCGCAAUCUUUCUCUGCGCAAUGACAUUGCCAAAGAAACUCUACCUGAUUUGGUUUCCAUAAUUCCCGACACCGUUCCAAGUACUGAUCUUCUCAUUGAAACUACAGCCUCUGCCUGUUACACAUUGAACAACAUAAUCCAGAAUAGUUACCAGAAUGCCCGGGAUCUUCUAAACACUGGGGGCCUGCAGAAAAUUAUGAGCAUCAGCACAGGCGAUACCUAUGCUUCCAACAAAGCGAGUAAAGCUGCUUCUGUUCUCCUGUAUUCCCUGUGGACGCACACGGAGCUCCAUAAUGCCUACAAGAAGGCUCAGUUUAAGAAGACAGAUUUUGUCAACAGCCGGACUGCCAAAGCCUACCACUCUCUUAAAGACUGAGGAAAAUGAGAAAGUACUCUCAGAAAUGCCAACCUCACCAUUCUCAGCCACAAAAAAAAAAGUCCCUAAGGAAAACACCUAUUUUUCUACUUCCCAGUCCAAGAAACCUAACAAAAGGCAUGCCUUGUUUUUAUCCUUUUUUAUUUCUGACGCCCCAGAAUCCAGAACACAAAUAAUCAGAAUAUAAUGUUAUCAGUCUUCCAGAAGAUUUUUACAAGUUUGCCACCUAUAGAUACUGGCAACAGGCUCGACUUUACCCUCUGCAAAUAGUAGUAAUCAGAGUUUAUGGUGCAUGGCCUCCUGGAACCAAAAUGUGAAUUCAUGGGGAACGGACUCAAUAGAAUAAAUAAGGAAAUACUACUGUUGUAGUAUUGCUAGGAUUUUAAAAGUUUGAUUUACAUUUAUAUUUUCUGGUUUCCAUGUUUUAUCACUCAUAUGCACAUUGCUUCACCAUUGAGCCAUGAGUAUAUUGUUCUGCAGUGUUGAAACAGAAUGGAAAUGAUAAAUAUUUGUUUGUUUUUUACUUUGUGCUUUUUUAGCCUCUUGAAUUUUUUUUCUCUGAUUUUAAAUGAACUUAAGAAAUUUAGAUCACAGAGCAUGCAUGACUGUAAGAAAAAGAAAUUGAAAGGUAGUUAUCAUAGCAGAUUUAAAAUCUUUUCCACAGAGAAAGGCAACUAUGGUUAAGAAAUUCAGUGUUUCCUCUGAACACUGCGAAAAUGGGAUUUUUUUUGCUCAAGGAAAUACUUUAUGUAUAACAACAGCAUUAAAUGCAAAUCUCUUCUGAAUAGUAGCAUUCAAUGAAAUCUAUUUCCUGGGCUUUUUCAGCCACUACAAUGAGCUGGUGGAAAAAUGGAUUCAACAUUUAGCUACAAAAGGAACCAAGGCCUCUCCAACUGUUGGGCCAGCCCAGGGCCCUGAAAACAGAUCAUUUUAAUGAAUUACAUUAUCAACCAUCCCAACUUUGCCCAACAUUUAAAGCAUAGCACAGAGUCACUAAAUCUCAAGUAAUCAUUCUAAGCCAUUAUUUUAAGUCAAGGAAACUCUAGAGAAGAAAAAUGAAGAGGGAAAAUGUGUAUGCCACUCAGAAGUGCUAUGAUAAAUACUAAUUUUUGAAAGUUGACAUCAUCAAUUGAAGCAAAUCUAUAUUAAGUGUUAUUUUAAAUGGACCGUGGUUAAUACUAUUCAUAUAGAAUUAGUCUUCUCAAUUACAAUUCUGUUAUAUUUUGCUUUCUAAAAAAAAAAAAAAAGUCUGACAACAUUUGUUAUAAGAAGGAAAAAGAUGUUCAUCUCCUUGGCCAGAAAAGAAAAUAAAUCCCCAUUUUCAAUUUGAAUGUGCACGUAAGUCUUUGUUAUAUUUAGAACUUGAAAUUCUUUCAAUUUUAAAAGCUUAAUGAAGACUUAAGUUACUAACAUAGAUCAAAUUGAGAUCCUUUAGAUACCAAUUUUUAAAAUACUGCAGAGAAAAUUUUUUCCAGAGUUUUGACAAUAAACAUUUGGAGUAUAUUUAUUUCUCCUGAUAAAUGAUGUAUGUUAAAGAAGUUUCUGUGGUUUUUAAGGCAUCAGUAGAGCCUUCAAUAAUAUUAAACACAAAAUGAGGCCAAAAUUACGUUGCCUGCAUUGGUAUCUGUGUAUAUCUGAUUUAUUUGUGUAUCUUGAUAUAUGUAGUAUGGUUGACAUACAUUUGAGAAUUUGAGCCAUAUAAACUUCAACUUUAAUUACUAAGAGUUUAAUACUUCGUAAUUGCUUGUAUUUCUUCCCUAAAGUUCUAAAAUUUUUACCAGGAAACACUUCCUGUAAGAAAGAUGGACCAGCCAGUGACUAAAACAUAUAAAAAUGGAGAGACAUAUAAAUGCACUAGCUAUUGUUUGAUUUUAGUAAAUGGAGGGGGACCGUGACCACAAAAAAUACACUGUGUUUGAUCUCUGUUUUGCUUUGUCA